CAGUCAGUCCCUCCUCCCUUAUCGCAUCGGAUUUAAUCCCGGGCCACAGGCUUGAAGACCCUGUCCUGCUCACCGACAUGUGCAUGGGAUUACCCCUCCACCAGCUGGGGAUUGCAGCCUAGCCGCGAUUUCCCACGGCCAAUGCCCACAUAGCUCGGCCCGGCCAAGGAUUACGGACGACAGGCCACAAACCCUCUCAUAUAAGGGCCCCGACCCGGAGGCCGUCUACCACCUCCAUGCAACUGAUCGGUCGAUCGAACGAGAGCCAUCAACAUGGGCGACAACAGAGACACCGAGCAUGGCCCCAAUGCCCAGGAUGAGACAUAUCCGGCAACGGAGUCUUCGUUUCUACUCCCCAAGAGCGCCCGGGAUGUGAAGAGCAAGAUCUUCAGUACCAACUUUGCCGCUUUGAUGGCCGGACUGAACGACGCUUCUCUGGGGGUUCUGAUCCCCUACAUUCAGCCGACGUACCAGGUGGGCCUGUUGCAGGUCUCCAUGAUCUACCUGGUGAACUUCACGGGUUGGGUCAUCGCCUCCUUCGCCAACAUCCAUGUGUGCUCCUACAUCGGGACAGGCGGGACACUAGUUCUGGGCGCAUCGAUCCAGUGUAUGGGUUACGCCUUGAUGUUCUGGAGCCCGCCCUUUCCCCUGUUCGUGGCGGCGUUCUUCUUCACAGGUUGCGGCGUGGCGUUUCAAGAUGCCCAAGUGAACAUGUUUAUCAUCACCGUCAAGGAUGCGCAUCGGUGGUUGGGCAUCUUACAUGCCGUGUAUGGCGUUGGGACCGUGCUCGGCCCAUUGAUCGCUAACACGAUUGCCUCGCGGAUCCCGGUUUGGCAUUACUACUACCUGCUGACCUUGCUUCUUGGAGCAGUGAAUAUCUCGUCCCUGGUGUGGACGUUCAGAAAAGGGCUUUUCAGUCCGAACGUAAGCAAUGCCAAAGACACAGCCGGCAAAGAGCUCAGGGAUACGAUGUCCAACCGGACGGUUUGGAUCUUCAACGGCUUUUUUUUCCUAUAUGUUGGCGCGGAGGUAACUGCUGGAGGCUGGCUUGUCCAAUUUCUCGUGUCUGUGAGGAACGGUGACCCCAAGAAGGUCGGUUACAUCGCCUCUGGUUUCUGGACCGGGUUUACUCUCGGCCGGGUUGCCCUGGCAGACAUCACACAUCGAUUUGGUGAACGGCGAAUGGUGUUCAUCUAUACUGCACUGGCUGUGGUGAUGCAGAUUCUGUUUUGGGUGGUUCCAGACAUUAUUGUCAACGCAGUUACGGUGUGCUUUUUGGGAUUCUUCAUCGGCCCGUUCUACCCGGUUGGGCUUUAUGUCCUUACCAAGGUGAUCCCCCAGGAACUUCAUGUCGGGGCGAUGGGGUUCACUGCAAGCAUAGGACAAGCUGGGUCCGCUGCAUUCCCUUUCAUGACCGGAGCGAUAGCCUCUCAGGCUGGCGUCCAAGUUCUGCAGCCCAUCAUGCUAGGACUGCUCGUGGGGAUCGCCAUAUUCUGGUCUUUCAUUCCUAGACAAAGGGCGAUCGCGAUUUGACGUUUGGGUGAUCUGAAACGAGGC